GAGAAACUUUCUGAAGCUUUACAGAGAGAGAUUGAGCACCGCCUGGAUCUGCUCCAUUCUUUCCAUCCAUUACUGUUCAAUGCAGAGCUUCUGAAAGAAGAAGCUGGCAGAUUGCAGAUACACUCCGAGUUUACCUGCCGAGUCGACUCAGUGACACGCCUAUUCCUCUCUCUGUGUCUGCCGCCGCGGUCCCCGGUGGAAUACGGGAGGUGGGCAUUUCCCAUUUCGGAAAAAGUCGCGAUCUUUGGGGGUUUAUGGUUGGUCUCCGCCCGGUUUUGCCGGAGCUCCGGCGAGUCUCUGGGGAUUGGCUGAGCCAAAUGUGCGUCUGAUUGUUUGAAAGAUGUUCAAGCCCGGUAGGUGGCGGAGCGAUAAGGGAAAGUUCAAAGCUGUUUUCAAGCUCCAGUUCCGUGCAACUCAGGUAGCAGGGGAUGCAUUGUUGAUCUCUGUGGUUCCUGCAGAUGUAGGGAAGCCAACAGUGAAACUAGAUAGGGCUGCCAUUCGCGACGGGAUUUGUUGCUGGGACAAUGCAGUUUAUGAAACUGUGAAGCUUAUUCGAGACCCUAAAUCGGGGAAGAUUCAUGAGAAAAUAUAUAACUUUGUAGUUGGAACUGUGUCCUCGAAAACGGUAGUUCUUGGAGAGGCUUCCAUUGAUUUUUCAAGCUAUGCAGAAGCAACUAAGGUUUCAUCAGUAUCUCUCCCACUCAAGAAUUCAAAAUCCGGGGCAGUGUUGCAUGUAUCAAUACAGAGAGUCCAGGAUUCGCUCCACCAGAGUGUCAUUCAUGAAAUUGGGACUGCGAAACCAGAUGCAGAGGAUAGGACUUUGAAGGCUCAAUUAAAUGAUGAUAUGGAUGAAAGUUUCGAAGGCAAUCAUGUCGAUGAAACACAAGAACACAGAAAUAUUCCUUUGGUUAGCAGCCAGAAUGGGGGAAGGGUAUCAAGUGAAUCAGACAUCACGCUGUCAAGUUCUGAGAGCAGUUCCGGGCUUGAUACGCCCCAUAAUUUCCAAGUGAAAGACAGUAAUGCCCUCAAAGUCCAGACAAACUUGUUGUCGUCUUCCCCAAACGAAGCCUUGUUGCUUCAGACAAGGUCCAUUGGUGCACUAGUUAAUGAUGAGGAGUCCGAGAGGAGGUCCCAAUGGGAGUGGUUGACAAGGCAAGCUGAGGUUUCUGAUUUGGAACUACAAACUCUGCGAAAACAAAUCGUGAAGGAGAGCAAAAGAUCACAAGAGCUUCUAAGAGAGAUUGUUGGCAUCAAAGAGGAACGCGACGCUCUGAAAGAAGAAUGUGAGAAGCUGAAAGCAUCUAGGAAGCGUUUGGAUGAUGCAAAAUCUAAAGACGAGUUGCUUGAUGGAGGGGACGUUCGGGCUCUUGUUCACGAACUCAGACAAGAACUGAAUUACCAAAAGGACCUCAAUGCUAAUCUUCAGAUACAACUAGAGAAGACGCAGGACUCGAACUCUGAGUUGAUUCUUGCUGUUCGUGAUCUUGAUGAGAUGUUGGAACAGAAGGACAAGGAGGUCAUGAGUCUUUCCAGCAAACCCACAAUGAUAUCUAGGCCAUGUUUGGAAAAUGGAAAAUGCGAAAAUGACAUAGACGAUGACGACGAUGAAGAACAGAAAGCAUUGGAGGAGCUUGUGAGACACCACGGCGAUGCCAAAGAAUCGUACAAGCUUGAACAAAAGAUCACGGAUCUCCAAAACGAACUGGAGAUCUACAGAAGAGAAAAAGAUGAGGUAGAGAUGCAGAUGGAGCAGCUGGCACUUGACUAUGAGAUCCUGAAACAGGAAAACCACCACCUGCUGCAUAAGCUGGAGCAGAACCAGUUACAAGAACAGCUGAAAAUGCAAUGUGAGUGUUCAUGCUUGGAGGAAGAGCUUGAAAAGCUAGCCCAACAAUUCGAGACCGAUCUCGAAGCCCUCUCUCGCUCUAAAGUCGAGCAAGAACAAAGAGCCAUUCUUGCAGAAGAAGCACUUAGAAAGACACGGUGGCAAAAUGCAAAUGCUGCAGAGAAGCUUCAGGAGGAGCUCAAGAAGCUCUCUCUGCAAAUGGAAUCAAUGUCUCAGGCCAAUGAGAAACUGGUCGCUAAAGCCUUGACCGAAGCAAAUGAGCUCCGGGUACAGAAAAGUCAACUGGAAGACCGGAUUGCUACGAUGCAUGAAAAGGUAGAUGAAACUUUGAAAGAGAUGAACAGUGUGGCACGUCUCAAGGAUGAGAAGGACUUGUUGGUGGGUACCCUUCAGUUAGAGGUGGGCACUCUUAGGGCGCAAUACAACGAGUUGAACACUCGCCUUUCUGAGGGGGAGUUGGAGAAAGAUAAGUUGAGGAAAGAAGUGUCCCUUUUGAAGGGUGAUCUAAAGAAGAAAGAAGAUGCACUACUAAGACUUACUUCAAGGAAAAAUAAACUUGGAACUGUUGCUUCCCAUGGUCUUAAGGAUGUUAUUAGCUUGAAGGAGAAAAUCAAGUUGCUUGAGGGUGAGAUUGAGCUGAAGGAGAAAUCCCUUGAGACUGCAACAAAUUCAUUUCUGGAGAAGGAGAAAGAUCUUCAAGUUAAGAUCGGAGAGUUAGAAACAAGAUUAGAAGAACUCAACCAGAAUAUAACAAAGGUUUUCGAACAUAAGCCAUUAAAGGUAGUUACAAAAGACUUGGAUUCUAAUUUUGGAAACAGUGGAACUCGAAAUAGCAGUAACAAAUUAUUGACUGAAAUUACACUACUGAGAGAGCGGAACGAAGCAAUGGAAGACGAGCUGAAGGAAAUGCAAGAGAGAUACUCCGAAAUAAGCCUCAAGUUUGCAGAGGUAGAAGGCGAAAGACAACAGCUUGUGAUGAAGGUUCGCAACCUUAAAAAUGCAAAAAUGGCUCCUUGAAUAAAACACCAUCUUGUUUUUCCUAUAUCCAGGUGCAUUUUCGCUUCAAGAAAUCCU